GGCGGUGCACGCCUUACAGCACUAUUUACUGCAGGCAUUUUACAGCACUGUUAGGUAGAUAAAUAUAUUUUAUUUAUUUUAGUAGAAAAUAAACCCUACUCUUCAAAAUGUCCGAGCGAAAGGUCUUAAACAAAUACUAUCCGCCGGACUUCGAUCCGUCGAAGAUUCCGCGCAUGAAACUGGCGAAAAACCGCCAGUACACCGUGAGAUUGAUGGCUCCAUUUAAUAUGCGCUGCAAAACCUGUGGGGAAUACAUAUACAAAGGCAAGAAGUUCAAUGCUCGCAAGGAGGACGUGGAGAACGAAACCUACCUGGGCAUUAGGAUCUAUCGGUUUUACAUCAAGUGCACACGAUGCCUGCAGGAGAUCUCCUUCAAGACAGAUCCGCAGAACACGGAUUACGAGAUUGAGGCGGGGGCCACCAGGAAUUUCAUGGCUCUCAAGCUGGCCGAGGAGCAGGCACGCCGCGAGGAGCAGGAAUUGCGCGAGGAGGAGGCAAACAAUCCCAUGAAGCUGCUAGAGAACCGCACCCAACAGUCGCGCAACGAGAUCGAAAUGAUCGAGAGCCUGGAGGAGCUGCGUGAUCUCAACCGCCGCCAGCAGACAGUGGACUACAACACUCUGCUGCAGCAGUACAACACGGUGGAGACGGAAAGAGAGCGCCAAGAGCGGGAGGAGCGAGAAGACGAGGACUUCAUCAAGUCUGUAAACUUUAGGAACAAGCCAGAAGGAAGCUCGCGUGUUGUGGCCGAGGAAAUUAUUGAGGAGGUCAAGGAGGAACCGUUGGACCCACUGCCAGCACCACCACCAGCCAAACAGGCUAAGCCCAGCACGCUAAGUGUAUCAGCCACAUCAUCCCACAAAGCAUCUGCAGCGCAGUCUCUGGUCAAAAGAAAGGCUCCUUUGGUACUUGUUAAACCCAAGACAACUCCAGUAGCGAAGCAAGUUGAUCCAAAGCCCAAUGAAGCCACUGGAACGACGCAAGGCGAAUCCAAACCAGCCGCACCUCAGCCCUCAGUUGCAUCCGCACCACCGGAAACUAAAGCUACAAAUCAGCCAGCUGCCGCUCCAGUUGGACUAUCCCUCUUGGCUGCCUACAGUGACAGCUCAGAGGAUUCCAACUGACCAAGCGUUUACCUGACACAGCUAACAACUCAAGACAGAUUAAAGAAGGUCCAAAUAA